AUGUGUUUGCGAGACCACUCAGUACCCCUCCAAUAUAGACCCAUAAAUAAGAUUAAUGCACCCAUAGAAAUUAAUACAAACUUUAGAGUUGAUCAUCAUCUGAGGCAGAUGCUUCCUCAUUUUCAUGGCAUGACCCAUGAGAGCCAUAUAAACAGUAGAAGAUUUUUCCAAAGUUUAUGAAAUUUCUCAUUAUCUUAAUAUUCUAAUUGAAAUUGUGAAGAUAAGACUUUUUUCAUUCACACUCAAAGAUAAAGCAAAGGAUUGGCUGCAGGCAGUAGCUCAAGAGUUGAACUCUUAGAGUGAGAUGGAUGCAACAUUUUUUAAAUAAAAUUAUUCAGUAUGUAAGACUAACUCAAUUCAUAGAGUUAUUAGAGAUUCUGUGUAGGUGCUGUAGAAGUCAUUCUAUGAAGCAUGGGAGAGGGUUAAAGACUACACCUGCCAAUGCCCACAUCAUGGAAUUUAGAAUUACCAGUUAGUUCAAAUUUUCUAUGAAGGAUUAAAUGAGAAAGCCAUGCAUAUGAUUGACAUAGCUUCAGGAGGUACAUUUAUGAAUAAAUAUGGGGAUGAAGUAAUAGAAUUGAUUGAAAUAUUAGUUGAGAAUAGUGCACACUAUUAUGUCUUAAAUUAGAAUGGUAGGUUCACGAGACCUUGGAAAGGAGGUAUUCACAAUUUGAAGAAUAUGAAGACUAGUUUAUUGAUUGAUAAAGUUGAGAAACUAACUUAAUGUGUGUAGAGAUUGAUACAAAAGUAUUCAGCAGUAGGUUUUGAUCAUCAACAACUUAAAACAGAUCAAGAUAUGAGAGCUUGUGUAUUAUGUUCAAGCUAUGAGCAUGUGGAGGUCGACUAGUCAAAAUAUGAUUAGGUAAUGACAAUCAAUCAAUUUCAUUCUAAUCAUGUAGUGAAUGAUUGGCAAGUACAAGGGUCAAAUCAAAAUCAUAGUAGAAAUUUCAAGAAUAAUCAAAUGGGUAUGAAUCAAAAUUCUAGUUUGAGAAGAAAUCAGGAUAAUGAAUAGCAACCUAAUUGUUUUAAAUAUUUACAGAAUUCAUCUACGUAGAGGAUCAAUAAUUCAUGCUAUGAUUCUUUUAUGCCUAACCAUCAAAUUCAGCAACCUACAAGAUUUAAUGAUUUAUCAAGACAGAAAUUAUUAAAACAAAUGUCGCAGGAACAAAGGGAAUUAUGACAGAAAAUUGAGUGUAUAAAGUUUCAAAUUGAAGGUUGAUAUCAACCUAAUCAAAUCAGAUCAGAUAAACAUCUUGGCAAGAGAAUAGAAGUGGGUAAUAGAAACAAAGAAUCAAGACAAUUACCCACACAGCUAGAAGCCAACCCAAGAUACUUAGGGAGAUCAUUAAGUCAACGUCAAGUACACCAAGUUGAAUUCAAUGAUCAAAAUUGAGAAACACUCAACAUGAUUUCAAAAUUGAGAAAUGGUAAGGUGCUUUCAAAAUUGUGAAGGAGAGGAUGAGGAGUAAGAAAUGGAAGCAUUGGAGGAGGUGAUUUCGACGAAGAAUAAGGAUAAGAAGAAGGAAGGUAUGGAAUCCAAUCUUUACACAUAUGCACCUCUGAUUUCAUUUUCGGAAGCUUUACAUGAUGUUAAAUUAAAGAGUGCUGAUUUUGAUAAGAAGAUUCUAGAAAUUUUUAAACAAGUAACAAUCAAUAUAUCAUUAGUUGAUGUAAUUUAACAUAUCCCAUCUUAUGUGAAAUUUUUAAAAGGUUUAUGUACACCAGCGAGGAAGUAAAAGAGAAUUCAAUUGUCUGAAACCAUUAGCUCAAUUUUGUUGAAUCAUAUUUUUACUGAGAAGCCUGAUCUAGGCCCCUGACGAGACUAAAUCGUAUGGUCGUUGAAUGCACACGAUUCAGUGUCAAAACAAAGUCCUAAUCUUACCAAUUUAUGAUUAAUCAAAGUAAUUAAUUAGUAUAAUGGUAAUUAAGGGUCGAAUCCACGGAGAAUUAGGGAAAUUUGAGAGAUAUCUUUGAAAUUCGGUCAAAUCGGAUGAUGAAAUUAGGUUAGAAAUUGGAAAAUUUAGUAUAUUAAGAAAGAUAACUCAAUUUUGAAUCCACGGAAUCAAAAAUCAAGUGAUUUGGAUGAGAAUUCGAAGAGUAAUCGAAGUUUGAAGUUAAGAGAAAUUUUUGUAUCACGAAAUGAUUAAAAACAGAAAUUAAAACUAAAUUAAACUUAAUCUACAAUACUUAAAGUAAAAUUAACACUAAAUGAUGAAAGAUUAAGAUGAAAACAAACAAUCUAACCCAAAUUAGCCUUCGAAAUGAUCCAAUUAAUCGCCGGAUGCAAGGCUUUUCAUUCCGAAUUUUCGAAGAUGAAAGAAGAGUUCAAGACUUGAUUUCUUCCAAUUCUUUCAAUCAAACAUUGAAAUUAAACAUCCAACAGAAGCGGAAAUGAGUUGCGAACACAAUGCAAAAGAUGGCACGCGAAUUGGAGCUCUAAACAAAGAGAAUUUGAAGAUUGAUCGCGGGUAGUUCUUCCGUCGCGAAGAACGGAUUUUAUAAAAUUCGGAAAUGAUCGUGGCCGUCUGAUCUGAUGGAGUUGAUCGUGAUGGACGAUCGCGAUGAGAUGCCUCUUCACGAAUCGUCGCGACGAUUCGACGAUCGUUCGAUUGUGAUCGUGCGGUUAAGAUGUGAUUGGAUGUCCAUCUGAUGUGAAUAAUCUGGACCGUUAUAACUCUCGAUCAGACAGUCGUGAUUUAUUCACUUAAGUGAGUAUUUAGGCAUGUGGUUGAUCUCUGAUCGUGUGGACCUCGAUUCCACGUGAUCUACGCACGCUAUUUGUCACGAUGUCGAUCGGACGCACGAGAUCACGCCACGUGUCCUGUAUAUAAGAAAACUAAGGGACUUUAGUCCCAUCCGGGAAAAACAAAGGAGUAUAUUCGGGUAUAUAAGAUAUGACGAUUAAGAGGGAUUAAUACUUUGUCUUCCGAUAAUCAGAAGACCUAUAUACUUUAUUAAAUAAAUACAUAUAGUAAAUAUAAAUACGCCAUGUGUCACAUCAGCGCCACGCAGGCGCCCGCGUGCUAUCCACGUGGCAGAGCCACGUGGCCCCGAGUACCACGUCGCAUCCACGUGUACACGCGCGACAUAUAACCCCUUUUUGUGAUUUUUUUAAUUAAUUUAAAACAUUUAAAAAUCGAAAAUAAAUAUAAAUAAAUUCAGAAAAAUUCCAAAAAAAUUCUAUAAAAUUGUAAAAAUCAUAACUUUCAAAAUACGACUCCAAAUUAAUUCAAAUUUGUUUUGUUGGAUUCAAAAUUGAAUAAUCUAUCAUUAAAAUAAGAAGAGAAUAAAUUUUAAUUAAUUUUAUACAUUUAUGUAUUAUAUAAAAUAAAUUUAUAUAAAUACAUAAAUGUUAAUAAAUAUCUUUUCUCUCAUAUUUUCACUCUUAAAACAUGAUUAUGAUCAUAAAUAUAAUUAGGAUUAAAGAUUGUAAUGUGUAAUUAUUUAUAAUAAUCCAUAAUUUGGUGUAUUUUAAGAUCAUAACAUGAAUUUACACAAAAUGAUAGAAAUAUACUUAAAAUAUGAUAACAUGCAUAUAUUUGUAAUGAUUAAUGCCUUAAUUUGCAUUAAUAAUUAUAUAAUUACAUGCAUAAAUAGCAUGUUAUCAGCCCCCCAUUAAUUAAAUGUAAGAUCCAAGGUAUGGUUUUCACACAUUCACUACUUGAUUCAAGGGCUAGUGUGAAUAUUUUACCUAAGGCCUUAUAUGAUUUGUACAAAAUUAGUGAUUUACAACCCCUAUAAGUAGAAUUGUAGUUGAUGGAUGGAUUAAUCCAUCAAUCUUAUGGAAUAUUAGAGGAUAUAAGCUUGAAGAUAGAAAAUUAUUAUUUCCCUAUUGGUUUUAUUAUCAUAGAUAUAAAGAGAACGAAGAAUGUAAGCCAUGCUCUAAUUAUUCUUAGUAAGCCAUUCUUGGCCACAGGUAAAUCCACAAUGGAUUAGGGAAUGGGAACCAUAGAAUUAAAUUUUGGUCAAGAGAAAGUGAAAUUAAAUAUCUCAAAAUCAUUACGAAAUCCAAAUCACUCUGAAAACUUAUGCAUGAUUGAUAUAAUUGAUGAGUGUGUAGAUGAGCUCUUCGGCAGAGAGAUAAGCUGUGCGUUGGAGGAUUCAUUGGGCUCAACCAAAGAGAAAUUUAUUCCAAAUCAAUCCAGCCUUUGACCAAAUUUGAAGUCAUUGCUUGCACCUAUGAAGUAUACGUUAUUAGGCCUAAAUCAUUCAUUUCCCAUGAUUAUUUCAUCUUCAUUAACAAAUGAUUAGGAGGGAAGAUUAGUUGAGAUAUUGAAGAAGUACAAAGGGUGAUUGGAUGGAAUUUAUUGGAUAUUCAAGGCUUCAGCUCCAAGGUAUGUAUGCAUCGUAUUAUUAUUGAAGAUAAUGCUCAACUAGUGAUGUGCAGCAAAGAUUAAAUCCAAAGAUGCUUGAGGUAAUCAAAGUUGAGAUUGUAAAGUAG